GCAAAUGCUCUCGACCCCUCUCUAAAAUCCUUUAUAUACCAAACACGAGCCCCUCUGUAACCCAUACCCGCCAUCGCAGAUUCGCUGCGCAGCACAGCAAAUCAGCAGAGGCGGCUUCGCCCUGCCCCUGCCCGACGCCUUGGUGCCGCGCGCCAUGGCCGGCACCAAGAGCAGGUCGACCGGCAAGGCCGGCUCACCUCUGCUCGGCAAGUACGAGCUCGGCGGCCUCCUGGGCCGCGGCACCUUCGCCAAGGUCUACCACGCGCGCUGCCUCGCGGGGGGCGACCCCGUGGCCGUCAAGGUGCUCGACAAGCCCGGGCUGGCCGCCACGGGCAUGGCGGCGCGCGUCCUGCGCGAGGUCUCCGCCAUGCGCCGCCUCCGCCACCCCAACGUGCUCCGCCUCCACGAGGUGCUCGCCACGCGCUCCAACGUGUACCUCGUCAUGGAGCUCGCCCCCGGCGGGGACCUCCUGUCCCGCCUCGCCGCCCUGCCCGCGCGCCGGCUCCCCGAGCACGCCGCGCGCCGCGUCUUCCUGCAGCUCGUGUCCGCGCUCAUCUACAGCCACGCGCGCGGGGUCUUCCACCGCGACGUCAAGCCGCAGAACGUGCUCCUCGACGCCGACGGCAACCUCAAGGUCUCCGACUUCGGCCUCGCCGCGCUCCCGGACUCGCUCCGCGACGACGGCCGCCUGCACACCGCCUGCGGCACCCCGGCCUUCGCCGCACCCGAGGUGCUCCGUCGCAGGGCCUACGACGGCGCCAAGGCCGAUGCCUGGUCCUGCGGCGUCAUCCUCUUCGUCCUCCUCGCGGGGCACCUCCCCUUCGACGACGCCAACAUCGCCGACAUGUGCCGCAAGGCGCACCGCCGCGAGUACGUGGUCCCGCGGUGGGUGUCGCAGCCGGCGCGCCGCCUCGUGUCGCGCCUGCUCGACCCGAACCCGGACACGCGCCUCGCCGUGGCCGAGCUCGCCAGCCACCCCUGGUUCAAGCGCUCGCUCAGCGUCGACUCGCAGCUCGGCCGCCUCCUGGGCGGCCAGGCGGAGCGCGAGCUCGCGUUCCAGGCCCCGCCCGCGCUCAACGCCUUCGACAUCAUCUCCAUGUCGCCGGGGCUCGACCUGUCCGGGCUGUUCGGCGAGAGCCGCCGGACCCGGGAGAAGCGGUUCAUGACCACGGCGUCGCCGGAGCAGACGGUGGAGCGGCUCGGGCAGGCGGGCGCGAAGCUCGGCUACUUCGUGGUGGGCAAGAAGGGGGCCGAGCGCCUGCCGCUGGGCGGCUUCUCGGGGCUGGUGGCGAUGUCGAUGGAAAUGUCGGAGGUGUCGCCGGCGCUGAUGCUCGUGGAGCUGAGGCUGGAGGGCGGCGACGGCGACGAGGCCGAGGCGUUCGGGUGGGAGGAGCUCCGGGUGGAGCUCGGCGACGUGGUCACGGCGUGGCACGUGUGCGAGGAAGGUUGAUUCGCAAGCUCAAACGGGAGCUGCAGGAUCAGAAUUCUUUCGUAGGAUCAUCGAUGGAAAUGGAAAGUGUUGUCAUAUGCUGUAUAUAGUAGAUCUUCGUUCUCUGAUGCUUGAAGUGUCGACACUUAUGCAGUUUUCCAAGACCAAGAGCAUGCUUGCAAUUGUUCGAGAAAAAAGAGCAUGCUUGCAGCGCAGGAGUUGUACAAGGAAAUGGUAAAUAGCUAAAGUCAUCCCUAAACUAUAGGGCUUAGCUCAAUUUAAUUCCUGAACUAUGAAAAUGUCCAAUUUAGUUGAGUCGAACCUCAUAUUUCAGGGGUGAUUUUAGCUACUUUGCCCAAGGAAAUUGCUAGGAUCUGAUAGGAAACAGUUGGAUUCCAGAACACUGGAAUGACAAGAAAUUUUUUCCGAAAGAACGACUUGCCAAAAUGGCUACUGUUCGUAACUCGAGUCGAUUGCAAUAUCAAGGCAGCAGUUUCCAAGA